AUGUCUGACAACAAACCACCAGCUGCUACUACAAUAGAAAAUGUUCAAGUCAAGGGCGUUAGCAACGCAGCUCUCGCCGAUGCCACCUAUAGACAGAAACCAAAGCUUCUCACGAAGCGCAUGUUCAAGCUAUACUGGUGCAUCGCAGUCGCAACCCUGAACUCGUGCAUCAACGGCUAUGAUGGCUCCUUGAUGGGUUCUAUCAAUCAGUAUCCGCAGUAUCGAUCGUAUUUCGGCUUUGAUCCCACCGCUGGAACCCCAACUACUGGAAUUGUGAAAUGGACAGGCCGUCGUGUCGGAAUGUUCCUUGGUUGUCUAUUUAUCGUCAUUGGUACCAUCGUACAAGCUACUUGCCACAACCUGGGAGGUUUCAUGGCCGGUAGAUUCCUUCUGGGUUUCGGCGUUGCAGUUGCAGCUACCGCUGGGCCUUCCUAUGUCUCUGAGAUAGCUCAUCCGGCUUAUCGCGGCGCAAUGACCGGGUUGUAUAACGUGCUGUGGUAUGGCGGUGGAAUUCCCGGGACGUUUAUUCCCUGGAGGACCUCGAGCAUUCAGUCGGAUAUGAGCUGGCGAAUUCCCGUUUGGUUACAGAUGAUUUUCUCUGGGUUGGUGAUGCUGUUUUGUUUUACGUUGCCGGAGUCCCCCCGUUGGCUCAUAUCUCGAGAUAAACAUGAAGAAGCCCUGAAAGUCUUGACCGAGUACCACGGUGAAGGAGAUCGAAACUCGCCAAUCGUUCAGCUGGAAUACCAGGAGAUGGUGGAGGAUAUCUCCAAGACAGGUUCUGACAAGCGAUGGUGGGAUUACCGCGAGCUCUUCAAUUCACGAGAGGCUCGUUAUCGGUCAAUGCUGGUGAUUUUUAUGGCAUUCUUCGGCCAAUGGACUGGCAACGGACCCGUGUCGUACUACUACCCCCAAAUGCUCGCAGGGGCCGGCAUCACCAGCUUAAAUACACAACUUCUUCUACAGGGCAUGCAGAAUGUGUGCUCACUAAUAGGUGCCGUCACCGGCGCCCUGUUCACAGACAGAAUCGGUCGUCGCACGCAACUUCUAACUUCCACCAGCAUAGUCGUCUGCCUAUUUGUGAUCGUGUUAGUACUGAAUGCGGUCAAUGUUAUUGAUACUCCUUCGGGCGAAGAAGCCAAAAGCAGCUCCACGGCUAUAGCGGAGAUUGCGAUGAUUUUCAUUUUUGGCUUUGUCUACUCGGCUGGUUGGACGCCUAACCAGGCUAUGUAUCCAGUCGAGUGUUUGCGAUAUGAAUCUCGGGCGAAGGGAAUGGGGAUGUAUAACUUCUUCGUCAACAUCGCCGGAUUUUACAACACCUUCGUAACUGGCAUCGCCUUCACCGGCGCCGGUUGGAAAUAUUACUUCCUUUUCAUAUUCUGGGACACCUUGGAAUGCCUGGUUAUCUACUUCUUGUUUGUAGAAACACGGCACCGCACUUUGGAGGAACUGACGGAGAUAUUCAGAGCUCCUAAUCCAGUCAAGUAUUCACUGCAAAAGACGGAGAUUGCGGUUCAGGAUGGGAAAGUCACUGAGAUUUUGGAUAAGGAGGCUGCUUAA